CAUUAGUCAUCCAUUCGAAGCUUGGAUUAUGUAUCUUCUAAUUUUAAUGUUGCUUUUGGCUGUAGGUGAGAGUGGAACUCUGCACUGGCGGAAGCUGACAUGUCCUCAGGAUCUAAAGACAGAGAGCACGCUGAGGGUUUGGUGCCGGCAGAGCUCCAAAGAGUGCUGCAUCGGCCUCCCUUUCAGCCAGGAUGCCCAGUCGCCGUAUGGGGGCAAACUGAGGGUCACUCAGGACUCGCAGUCCUUCACUGUGGAGGUGCUGGAGCUGAUCCAGGGAGAAGGAAUGUACUGGUGCGGUGUGCUGAGUGGAAACAAGACCUUCACCAAACUGGCUGAAGGCUACUUCUACAGCUCGCCCAUUUCUUACGUCUGGAGUUUCUCUCGCUGGAUUGUGCUGCUCCUGCUGCCCCUCGUGACCAUAAUCACCUCUAUGUGUUUGCCCAACAGAAAGCGCAAGAGUCCUAAGAUAAAGUAGCUGAGACUGAUCCACGGUGACGCUGCCUCCAUGAGGGAAGACGCACAAAACCCAUCCAGGCGGAAAGAAACGACGCAGGAUGUUUUUUUUUUAUGAAGAAAUAAGUUUGCAUUUAUUGGACAAACCAAACAUGGGCAAACUCACACAUAGUGUAAAGAUGGAACAUGUCAUGGGGUGAAAAAUAACUGAAGGGGUUCAUUCCAAAUACAUUUUGUACGUCCAUUUGGAAAAAAUAACCUGAAACACACUUCUUCUAAAGUGCACAUCAUUCUCACAAAUGUUAUUACUUUAGUCAUCGACGUUUCACAAUAACUUCCACUGUUGGAUAUUACUUUGAAUUAUUGAAUUUGUUACAUUUCAGUGGAAUCGUUUCCACAUGGUGUACGCGUCCUUUUGGAACAAAGCUCUUCAUGUAUAUAUAUUUUUAUUCUUUAUACAUUCUUUUCUUGCUGUACAUUUAAGUCUCAUGCUUUGCUUGAAACUGUGCUGUCAGCAUUUAUCCUCAAUCACAUGACACAAAAGUUAAAAGAAAAGAGAGCAAACAGUAUUCAGGAUCAAUGCUGCAUAGUUUCAACUUUGGAAUAUCAAACAUUAUUUCUUUGUAAACCAACAGAGUGUUACUGUGUGUGUGUGUGUGUGUGUGUGUGUGUGCGGCAGAUGGAAAACUGUAUGAAAUCUGUCAAAAUGCGUCUAAAAAUACACAUCUUUUCUCUUCUUUGAAACUGUUUGUCUUUAAGCGAGUUGUGGAAGAUGCUCACCUUCUAUCCUAAACAGGCAGUUUGAGGCGUUCGGGAAAAAGAAGCAACGCGUGAAGAGUUAAGCAGUCCGUAUCACUGUGUAUGCUUUGUUAAAAAGCUGAGGAAUUAAACUGCAGGACUGUGUUUUUAAAGAAGUCCAGAAAUGUGAAUAGCUGUAACCCAGAGAAAGCUGCGUGAUAGGUUUGACAGGUGGGCACACAAACAGAGAGAUCACACAAACAAAACCCUGACAUUCAAAAAAACGAGAAAAAAAAAACAGCAGCAAUAAAUAACACACGGAUAAAACAAGGACAGAAAUGUGGAGAUAAUAUUAA